AUGUUUCACCCAGACAGUGUAUUGCUGAAAAAAUAUCAGCAUGUCCUCUCUUUGGCAUUUGCUGUGAAAGAGAUAAAUGAAAACCACAAGAUCUUACCCAAUACCACUUUGGGGUUUCAUGUCUAUGACAGCCACUUUGAUGCACAGAUCACUUAUGAAAACACCUUGAAUCUUCUCUUUAAUCAGAAGAGGCCUGUUCUCAACUACAAUUGUGACUUGCAGAAGAACCCAAUAGCUAUCAUUGGAGGCCUUGAUUCUGAAACUUCCUUCCACAUAGCCACCGUCUUGAGCCUCUACAAGAUACCACAGCUUCAUUCUUUCUUAGUAAGCAUCUCAUUUAACAAUAGUGCUGGGGACACAGUGUCUUUUGACAAGAAAGGUGAAUUGAUAGCUGGAUUUGAUAUCAUCAACUGGGUUACUUUCUCCAAUCAAUCUUUCUCAAAAGUGAAAGUAGGAAGAAUGGAUCCUCAAUCAACCUUGGCCAGACAGUUGUCCAUUGAUGAGAAUAUCAUUACAUGGCAAAUCCAAUUUAAUCAGACCGUGCCCAUUGCCUUGUGUAAUGACCCCUGCCAGCCAGGCUACAGCAGGAUGAAAAAGGAAGGCGAGCCGUUUUGCUGCUACAAAUGUAUUCCAUGUUCAGAAGGCAAAAUUUCAGAUGUGAAGGAUAAAAAUGACUGUUUCAAAUGCCCAGAAGAUCAGUAUCCAAACAGGAGGAGAAAUGAGUGCCUAUCCAAAGACAUGAAUUUUCUGUCCUACGAUGAACCAUUGGGCAUCGUUUUGGCCAUUCUAGCUCUGUCACUUUCUGUGUUCACAGUUUUUGUUUUGGGAAUUUUCAUUAAGCAUCGGAAGACUGCCGUUGUCAAAGCCAACAACCAGAACUUAACUUUUUCUCUGCUCAUUUCCCUUUUCCUCUGUUUUCUCUGCUCCUUUUUGUUCAUUGGUCAUCCUGAUUUAAUCACUUGCCAACUACAACAAACUGCUUUUGGGAUCAUUUUCUCUGUGGCUGUUUCAUCUGUUUUGGCAAAAACCCUCACAGUUGUUCUGGCUUUCAUGAUCACUAAGCCAGGAUCCAAGCUGAGGAAAUGGGUGGGUAAAAAGUUUGCAGCCUCUGUUGUUCUUUGUUGUUCAUUUAUUCAAAUAAUAAUUUGCAUGAUAUGGUUAUGCACCAGUCCUCCUUUCCCAAGCUUUGAGAUGCACACUUUGCCCAAAGAAAUAGUAGUACGAUGCAACGAAGGAUCAGCCAACAUGUUCUACUUAAUCCUUGCUUACAUGGGAUUGCUGGCUCUUGUCAGCUUUAUUGUAGCCUUUUUUGCUCGGAAACUCCCAGAUACUUUUAAUGAAGCCAAAUUUAUCACUUUCAGCAUGUUGGUGUUUUGCAGUGUUUGGGUGUCAUUUAUUCCAACUUAUCUAAGCACCAAAGGAAAGUACAUGGUGGCUGUGGAGAUCUUCUCCAUCCUGACCUCCAGUGCUAGUAUACUGGGUUUUAUAUUUGCGCCUAAAUGCUAUAUAAUUGUUCUGAGACCUCAACUGAACAGUAAGGACCAGCUAAAAAGGAGAAAUAAGUAA